GCCGGGCCGGCUGCUGCCCGCUCCUCCUGGGGGGCCUUCGUGGGGGAGAGGGAGCCGCGGAGGCCGCCUCGAGCCCUCCGGAACGCGCGGGCCCGGAGCCGUCAGGGAGCCCGCGAGGCCGCCGCCGCCUCUUCCUCCUCCUCUUCUUCCUCCCAACGGGCGGCCCGAGGCAGGUCCACAGCGCCGCUGGACAGCUAUUUCCAAGUUGGCAGAACCCAACGCAACUCGCGCAUCCUAGCAAGUACCAGUGGGAACAGUUCAGACGACACUGUGGUCCUGAGUGACUCUGACAGCAGUAGCAACAGCGCCGUGGAGGCAGAAGAGGAAGAAGCCGAGUCGGCCGGAGCCAUUGAAGAGGCAUCCGUGGCUGUUCACGUGGAAGUCUCUAGCACAACCUCUAUGGAGCCUCCAGGGUAUAAUUCUGAUGAGUCAGAGCACCCUGAUACUGGAAGCCUCGCUACCCAGCAAAAGAAGACGACUCCAUUAAAGAGAAGCAGUCUGGCUGCACCUCUUGUUCCUUCAGAGGAGGAGGAGAGCGGUGAUACUUGUGCCAUUUGCUUUGAAGAGUGGACAAACGCUGGAGACCACCGUCUCUCUGCCCUGCGCUGUGGGCAUCUCUUUGGCUACAGUUGCAUUGAGAGGUGGCUGAAGGGGCAAGCGGGAAAGUGCCCACAGUGCAAUAAGAAGGCUAAGCGUUCAGACAUUGUGGUCCUUUAUGCCCGUACUUUAAAGGCAUUGGACACCAGUGAACACGAGCACAUGAAAAGCUCCUUAGAAAAGGAGCAAACGUUGCGAAGGAAGGCAGAACUGGAAUCAGCCCAGAGUCGCCUUCAGCUGCAAGUCCUGACCGAUGAGUGCAGUAAACUUCGGCAGCAAGUUCAGGAGCUGAAGGCAUUGAUGGCCCGGCAUAAUACCAGUUCUUCUCAACAGCCCAGCAGUUCUCGCUCGUGUUUCCCAGGCUGCCUCUCCCCCAGCCCAGACCAGCACAAGUAUCACUUCGAGAGAGCCUUUCUGGUGUCCCAGGUUGGCAACUGCCGGGUCAUGGCAUACUGUGACCCGCUGAGCUGCCUUGUGGUGUCGCAGCCCUCCCCGCAAAACACGCUCAUUCCUGGCUGUGGCAUUAAAAUGAUGAGUGCUGUCAACCUGAAGAGCAGCCAGUAUGUCCCCAUUCACAACAAGCAGAUCCGGGGCCUGGCCUUCAGCAACCGCGCAGACGGCCUGCUCUUAUCUGCCGCUUUGGACCACACUCUUAAACUCACAAGCUUGACAACAAACACGGUGGUGCAGACGUACAAUGCUGGCCGCCCUAUCUGGAGCUGCUGCUGGUGCCUUGAUGACACCAACUACAUCUACGCUGGACUGGUCAAUGGUUCCGUGUUGGUUUACGAUCUGCGAGACACAAGUGCUCAUGUGCAGGAACUUGCUCCGCAAAAGUCCAGGUGCCCUGUGGUCUCCUUGUCUUAUCUUCCUCGGAUGGCCUCUGCCUCCUUGCCCUACGGAGGGCUGGUCUCGGGGACUCUGGAAGGUGCCUGCUUUUGGGAACAGAAGGCCAACAGCUCCUACCGGCCUCAUCACCUCCUCCUGGAGCCCGGAGGUUGCAUUGACCUUCAGACAGAGGCUACCACACGGCACUGCCUUGCAACGUUCAGGCCCAAUAGAAGCCACAACUGCUUGAGAUGUGUGGUCAUGGAGCUGACCUCCACACCGCUGGCAGACGGGGCGGACGAUGUCAUCUGUUCAUGUCGCCCGGUGCAGACUCUUACUGCGGGUCCAACAUGCAAACUCUUGACCAAAAAUGCCAUCUUCCAAAGCCCUGAAGAUGAUGGUAGCAUUCUUGUGUGCGCUGGGGAUGAAGCUUCAAAUUCUGCUAUGCUUUGGGAUGCAGGGAGUGGUUCUCUCUUGCAGAAACUCUCAGCGGACCUUCCUGUAUUAGACGUCUGCCCCUAUGAGGUGAAUCGGAACAGUUUCCUUGCUACGUUGACUGAGAAAAUGGUGAAAAUCUACAAGUGGCAGUGACUGUCUGCACUGUGCUUCUUCUGGGUGCUGAUCUCUCCACAGAGCCAAUUUCCUGCAAGCCAGCUUCAUUCCUAACUGGGUACUAGCUGCCUUGGAAAUGAGAGUGGGCUCUCCCAGCAUUGCUGUAUAAGCAAAACGUGGCAUCUCAGGUUAACGCCAUUCACCCUGUACACCUGCCAAGCCCACGCUUGUGUUCCCCACUACUGGCUUUUAUUUAUACAGUUAUUUGUCCUUGGUCUUCCAACAAGCUGUUGGAUCUUAUCAGAGUAUUACUGUUCUGGGGAGAUUAUGGAUUGAGAGAGUCAUUUGCCCAUCAGUGUAAGAAAUUUGGAAGUUAUCAUUGACACUUGUGAAAACUAGAUGAAGAUCAUCUGCUCUGUCCCUGGAUGCCUGUAGUGCACGUGGUGCUCCUCAGGUUGCUUCUUCUCCUCUGUUGUGGAAGGCGCUGAGGGCAGUUUGCAUUUCUCCUGUAGCCUGAGCUAUCCAGAAGAAGAUGGGAACUUUUCUGGAAUGAGCUCUUCCUGUGAACUGCUUCCUGGUCAGGAUAGGGUUUGGUCACCGGCUGCUAAAUUACAUGUUGACUAGAAAAACAUAAUUGUGGCUUAGUGAAAAAUCAACCACUUUAGGUACAAACCUUAGCUUUUAAGACCAAGCCGUGUUUUAGGAGAUGGGUGGAAGACCUGCAGAGAAAACUGGAUGGGAUGUUAAGGAUGAAGUCAUGUUAGAAAUCUACUAGCUCUUCAGGGGAAAAUGUGUCUUCCUGAGCAGGUUUGUAAUUCAUCUUACAGUAUGAGUUAAAGUGGCAUGAUGUGUUUAAUUCUAAAAUUUUGUGGAGGACUAGUAGUCUAGACGGGGUGAGUUGCAACGUAAGUUUGAAAACCUUCCUUAGCUUUGCCUGAAGCGGGUGGACAUGGCAUCUUUUUUGUGCUUCUUCAGCUGAUGGAUCGCUGUCUUAAACCAGACCACCAUUUCUUAGGUUGAACUCAGUCUUCUGUCUAAAAUUAUAUAUGCUUCUAUUCAGCUUUCCUUAGUUUUGUGUAGUGGUCCUGUUUCCCUUGUUGUGUCUUUUUUAAAUACUACAGGAAAUAUGUAACUUAUGGUUUUCUCAGAUGGCAAAACUUUCCAUUGCAGUGCCAGAUUAAAAAGUGCAAAACUGUGAUUCAUAGGUAAGUUUAAAAAAACAGGGAGAGGUGUUGGACUGGUGGAUCACACAAUCUUGAAGAAACUGCUUUCUGUAACUGAUACCAGAUUGGGUUUUCCACAUGGUAAGUUUAACUGCCAUGUUUUGGGAAGAAAUGUGGAACUUCACUGCUGGCUAAAAGCUGACUUUAUGCCGUCUCCAUCUAGGUAAAGAGAGUGAGUUUCUCUCUCUCUCUGUAUCUGUGUAUCUGCUGUGAGCCCUAGAAUGGGGAAUGUGCGGCCAUUCAGCUUUUAACAGAAUAUCUUUCACUUUAUAUUAAAGUACAUGACAUGGAGCAAAAUGUAAGUUUUCUGUUGGAAUUGGGGUUACUGUGAAUUUUUGUAUAAUAAAGACAUCUCUUUUAUCAAACACUCAAA